AUGAAGCUUCAGGCUCUUCUCCUCCUGGCAAGUAGCCUGAGUGCUUCUAUCACGGCGAUUCCACACGAUCCAGCCGAUUCAAUCACUUUCCAGCCACAACACCAUGGACCCACAACUACAACCAAGACCCAAUCAACCUCCAAUAUCUACAAGCCAACAGGAAGACCCUGUGCAGGCAACACGCCCCGAACACGGUCUCAAUGGUGCCAAUUCGACGUCAACACCGACUAUACUCAGAUAGUACCCAACACGGGCGUAACACGGGAAUACUGGCUCAACAUCGAAGAGCUAGUAGCCGCACCAGAUGGAUUCAGCCGGCCAAUAAUGGCCGUCAAUGGGACAAUCCCGGGCCCAACGAUCUUCGCCGACUGGGGCGACUGGGUUGUGAUUCACGUCACGAACAGCCUCCACAAAGCCCAGAACGGAACUAGCAUCCACUGGCAUGGGAUCCGACAGAAUUAUACGAACGGCAACGACGGCGUGGUCUCCAUCACGCAGUGUCCCACCGCGCCUGGUUCAACCAUCACCUACAAAUGGCACGCCGAGCAGUACGGCUCGUCGUGGUACCAUUCGCAUAUUGGGCUACAGGCGUGGGAGGGUGUGUUUGGUGGGAUUGUGAUCAAUGGACCGGCUACGGCGAACUACGAGGUGGAUAAGGGCAGUCUGUUCCUGACGGACUGGUCGCAUCCCACCGUUGAUGAGUUGUACUUGGAGGCUCAAACGGUUGGUCCGCCGACUAUGGAUACUGGGUUGAUCAAUGGAACCAAUGUCUUUGGGAAUGGGACCAAUUCUACGGGGACGAGAUUCCAGAUGAAGGUUAAUCAGGGGUCUUCGUACCGUUUGAGGAUUGUUAAUUCGGCUAUUGAUACACACUGGAAGUUCAUGAUUGACAACCAUACGCUCACCGUUAUUUCGGCCGACUUUGUGCCAAUCAGGCCGUUUACGGCGGACUUUAUCAACAUCGCAAUGGGCCAACGCUACGAUGUAAUCGUCACAGCAAACCAACGCCAAAUCUCCGACUCAUUCUGGAUUCGUGCAAUUCCCCAAGAAGCAUGUUCUGAAAAUGCAAGCCCCGACAAUAUAAGAGGAAUCCUCUACUACAGCAACAGCCCCAGCACACCCACAACAAACCCAUUCAUCUUCCCAGACGGAUGCGUCGACGAACCAGCCGCCAGCCUGAUCCCCCAAGUUCCCAAGACCGUCUCAGCCGCAGACUGGAACAACCUGACAGACGUGACACUGGGACGCAACAGCGCGAAUCUCUUCCGCUGGUACCUCAACAGCACGACGAUGCAAGUACCCUGGGAAGACCCAACUUUGCUCCAACUCAUCAACAACGAAAACACGCCGAACUUCACAACGUCGAGCGGCGUGAUUGAGCUACCCCGCGCAUACGAGUGGGUAUACCUUAUGAUCAACACAAGCUUCCCAGUCGCGCAUCCUAUUCAUUUACACGGGCAUGACUUCUUUAUUUUGGCGCAGGGGUUGAAUCCGUGGAAUGGGAGUGUUUCGACUAACAACCCGCCACGGAGGGAUACGGCGAUAUUGAACGGGAAUGGGUUUUUGCUUGUUGCGUUUGAGACGGACAAUCCCGGGGCGUGGCUUAUGCAUUGUCACAUUGGGUGGCAUACUAGUGAGGGGUUUGCGUUGCAGUUUUUGGAGAGGGAGAGUGAGAUUGAGCCGUUGAUUGAUCGGAAGGCUCUGGGCGAUAAUUGUAAUUCUUGGAAUGCUUAUGAUGCGGCUUUUGGAAUUGAGCAAGAGGAUUCGGGGGUUUAG